AUGAGACCACUGCAGCGGGUUAUUUUCAUUCUCAGUUGUUUGUUCCUUAUAGCUCUGGUUCUAAGGCUUCGAAUCGGAGGAAAUAUCCCUGGCAGCCUCGCGCCCCAAUCUUUUCCCCGAGUGAGCGGGUCGAAGCAGCAUUUAUUCAGUAAUCGGUCAUUGUCUCACGCCCAAUGUGCUGCGGCUUUUCCUGGUCUAUUCAAUGAAAUCGAGGAUGCUGUUUCUCGCGGACCUUUCACUCUCACAUGGUCGCGAUUAGGAGAGCCGUUACAGGGAAGCAUCAAGGACAAUCAGGAACGGACAGCAGCUCUGAACCAGCUCUAUCGCGCAAUCGUCACUUCUCCAGAGCCGCUGCCAGACACUCUUUUCGCCUUGAAUAUCCAGGAUCGGCCGAUGGCACAAUCGUGGUCAUAUGCGCUUCCAGCCGAUCCCACAGCCACCAAGGCGGGGGACUUUCUCAUGCCGCACUUUGCCUUUUGGGCAUGGCCGCUUAAGUAUAUUGGAUCCAUGGACCGGGCACUGACCGCGGUCACCGAGAUCGAAGCGAAUUGGACAUUCCACACUAAGAUUCCACAAGCAGUCUGGCGCGGUACACCUUGGUUCAACGACGUGCAAAACCAUGAUCUCCGCAAGCGACUAAUUCAGGUUACCACGAGCAAACCCUGGGCGGACGUACAAGCCUUGAAAUGGGAAACCAACGGCCAGACGGCCGGUAACGGGCUGGCCAUUGAGGACUUCUGUCGGUACAAGUACAUCAUUUACACAGAGGGGGUUACCUACUCUGGACGGCUGCCCUUCCAUCAGGCUUGCCGCUCCGUCAUUCUCACGCCGCCCAUGGCAUGGAUGCUGCACACCACACAUCUCGUGCGACCAGUCUUUUCGAGCACGUUAUUACAGACAGAGCCCAGGCUGGGACCUCCCCAUCAGUCGGAUCGCAUCAAGCGAGCCUGGCGGACUGAUCUUGAUGCCGGGGAUGCCAAUCUGGUGAUGGUCUCGCCGGACUGGUCCGACCUUGAGGCUACCAUCGCGUGGUUGGAGAAUCAUCCCACAAUAGCACAGGGCAUCGCUGAUCGACAGCGUGAGUUGUUUAACGACGGAGGAUAUCUGAGUCCUGCCGCCGAGACGUGCUACUGGAGAGCGCUGAUCAGGGGCUGGAGUAAGGUUGCGGAGUCCGAGGGCAGGGAGUGGACUGAACACAAGGGUGUCAGAUGGGAGCUCUUUAGUCUUGGAGGAUUCUGA